GAAAAAAAUGUCUUCUGCUUCGACCUAGACCUCACAGAGUGGUCUUUCUUCCCCAUGGAAAACCCUAGAUCGCCGUCAAAGAGCAGCUCCGGCCACCGCGACGCCGAGUCGUAGCUCCGGCAACCGCGAAGAUUAUAAUCGCAUACUCUUCAUCUCUCGUGAUUCGUGUUGAUGAAUUGAUUUUCGUAUCUUGAACAGUUCGCUAGUGGAACUCUUUCUCUCUUCAUCAGUGUAGUAAGCUAUCUCCAAUCAUCUUCUCCAUUUCAAUUUAUCAAUUUUUAUUCAGAUCCAUACUUCCACCAUUAGAUUCUGCUCAUUUUGCUGCAGCAAAUCAGUGAUGGUAUUUGAGACAACAUGCUUUCUCAUUUUCAGUGCUGCUGGCCUUACAGGGAUUAUGGUGGCAAAGCCAACUGAGUUUUCAUAUCAAGAACUAGCCGAGGCUACAAAUAACUUUAGUUUGGAUGAUUAAAUUGGUCAAGGUGGAUUAAAAGCUGUCUAUUAUGCAGAACUUAGAGGCGAGAAAACAGCAAUUAAGAAUAAGAAGACGAAUGUACAAGCUUCAACAGAAUUUCUUUGUGAGUUGAAGGUUAUCAGAAGUAGGAAAGAAUAUAGAUGCAAAUUUGAUCUUUGAUAUUGCACUGAAGAAUACCAACAAGUGCAUGUCGGUUCAGUAAUUCAACUUUCAAUAAAUGUCAAGGAGGUGAUGUAGCGAGUUUUAUUGCAUGGUAAAUCUGCAUUGAACCUGUUUAGAUUUAAUUUUCAUGAUGGCUGAAACAAUCACUAUUGUUAUUGUAAAUUUAUGUUGGAAAAAGAUCUAAAGCUAAAACAUUCUGGUAUUUAUAAAACAAAAUAGACACAUGCUGUCAAAAAGACACACUAACCACCCAUAACUUUUUUUAUUAGCCUCACUCACUCUUGUUGGGCCAGCUCUGAACUCAUAACAUUCUUAGGUAAUUGUUGAAUCUGGUUUUGGACAUUGACUUUACUGAAAUUUACUUGUGAUGAAAAAUUUUCACAUCAUGAAUGUUAUAGAAUGCAUACUUGUAAAAUUGAAAAAUAUGGACGCUUCUUAUACUUGGACUUAAACCUCAAAUUUGAAAGUAUAGGAAGCCUUUAAUGGCUCUAAUGUUCGUUUGCAGUUUGUCUAGGCUCUAAUAUUAGUGUACAUUGUUAAGUAAUUGUUGAAUAUGGUUUUGGACAUUGACUUUAACUUAGUCAUUUUCAUAUUCCUUACAUCCUGUCCUUUCAAGCUGCCGUUGCGGACCUCCUUCGCCACUGUUUUCGGCCACUAUGUAGCUUAACGGAAAACAAAGACCAAUCCCGUGUUUCCUCAGGCCGCCCUGGACUUCGUUUUUCACUAGCGUAAGUAUCCUCUUUUCUCUAACUUCUGAGUUUAUGUUAAAUUGAGGGGAAGGGACAAUUUGUGUUGAAACCCUAACUUUCUACAAAAUCAAUAUGAACCACUAUAAUUUUUGUAUGAAGAUAUGUUUUUGUUUUGUUGGUUCACGUAUUUCAUUAAGUGAAGAAGAUAUUUUUUGUUGUCCAUCUUUGAAAAUAUCGGAAACACUGCUUAUUAUUUUUUAAAAUUUAUAUCGGAAAUUAUUUUAAAAUUGUAAUAAAUUAUAAUUUAAAUAAAUAAUAUUUUUAAUUUUUUUUUGUAAAAUAAAUAAAUUAAAGCGAUACAUUGAAUAGCACACAAAACAAAACACAUGUAUAUUACAUUGUUUCAAAUUAAUUCCAAAUAUUUAAAAAUAAAUUAAUUAUUGUGUGAAGGAUAAGAAAAAAGAAAAACAAUAAUGACCAUAAAUUUUUAAACAAAUAAAAAUUGUUUUAAAAUUGAUAUAUUUGGUAAAAAAUUCGAAUAAACUUUUUUAAUCAAUCUUUUCUUUAUAUUCAAAAUCAAAUACAUUGUGUAUCUUAUAUUUUAAAAAGAAAAUGCAUGCACAGACAUUAAGUGAAUAUCUUAUACGUUAUCAAAUAAGGAAGAUAAUUUAAAACAAUUUAUAUUAGAGGAUGGAUUCAGCGUAUUUUAUUAGAGAAUAAUAUAAAACUAUUUUUACUUAUCUAUUCUUAUUUAUUAAGAAAAGAUAUUUUUAAAUUUAGGGAAUUAAUGUAUUUAAUAUAUAUAACACAUCAUAUACACAUCAUAUACAUCAUUAGUUGAGUAACAUUCAUAUAUAGUCUCUAAUAUAACAGUCGUAGCUCAACAGCUGCAGUUGCCUAGUAGAUAUUAAAAUGAAUCUGCCACCAUCUCACUCGCGGCAGCGUCCAUCCAAUGCCUCUCCAUCGCCGGUAACUAUCCCCAACGACCUCAUCGUCGAAUUACUCUCCUUACUUCCUGUGAAAUCUGUUAUGCGAAUGAGAUGCGUCAGUAAGUUCUGUAACUCCCUCUAUACUGAUCCUAUCUUUGUUAAAUUACACCUUCACCGAUCUCCACAAGAUCCUCACCUUGCACUUAUCACUAACAGUCCCUCUGAGACAGCCAGACUCGUACCUUUCCCGGUAAACAAUUUACUAGAGAACUCUCCGAUCACCCUUACCGAUGACCCUUCAUACGUUAUCAACAACUAUUUCUACCCAUUGGAACUCAUCCACCAGGUGAUUGGUUCAUGUUAUGGAUUGAUAUGUAUCCUCAGUUAUUCCGAUAUUAAUCCAUUCUUUUGGUUAAGUUUCUGGAAUCCAUCCACGAGAGCAAUGUCUAAACAACUACGGUUUAGUUUCGGUCUUUUUAUUGAUAAGUUUAUUGACCCAACAUUUUUCAAGUUCUCAUUCGGUUAUGAUAAUUCAACCAACAGUUAUAAGAUAGUGAUGUUAACAUUUCACAGUGAGAAAUUAAAGAUAGUUGAGGCAAGAGUUUUCAGUUUGCGUGAUAAUGUUUGGAGAGAAAUUCAAAAUUUCCCGGCAGUUCCUUUUCAGUUGAUAAGAUUUCGCCAUCAGGUGAAUGAAGGAGUGUACUUGAAUGGAACUCUUAAUUGGUUGGCUAUUUUUUAUUUCAAAGUUACUUGUGGUGAAGUGAUUAUUUCGCUUGAUCUGAAAACUGAGACAUACAGGCAGAUACAGGUGCCUUCUGGUUUGGAGGAGAUUCAUUAUGUUUAUUCAACUAUCGGUGUAUUGAUGAACUGUCUCAGUUUUUCGCAUCAUCUUCAUCAAACUCAUUUUGUAAUAUGGCGAAUGAUGGACUUCGGAGUUGAAGAAUCUUGGACUCAGUUCCUAAAAAUUAGCUAUGAAAGUCUUAAUAUCGAUCAUUACUUAAGGGACCACAUAUUUGAUUUGAUACCAUUGUAUCUUUCGGAAAAUGGUGAUUCACUGAUACUGGCUAACAGCUUAGAAGGUCAAGCAAUUCUCUAUAAUAUAAGAGAUAAUACUGCUGAGAGAACUAGAAUUACUAAUAAAAUAUCUUGGUUCUCUGUUAAGAAUUAUGUUAAAAGCUUGGCUUCAAUUUUUUGAAGAUCCAAACAACUUGUUCCAGCAGAUCAGAGUUAAUCAUGGUACAUGGCGGGACUAUAGCAGGAAAUUGGCUUUAUAGAGCUGCAUUUUGUGACAUUACAUAGCAGAUCAUCGUUGUUCUGAUUAACGAGUGCCUAACUCAAAAUAAUCGCAUACAAAGGAGAUUGAAACGAUAGGACCUUUUAGCUCCUUUUCUCUUUUUGUUAGUGGCUGAGGGUCUUAGUUGUUUAGUUUUGAGGAAUGUGGAGUUUGGUCUUUACUCGGAGUUUACACCACUGACAUGUAAUGUAAGCUUGCAUAUCACUACAGACAACAAUAUGAUUAUAUGCUUGUUAAAAGAUGAAACAAACCAUAUCAUUUCAAUU